UCCGCAGUUCACAACAGCAGCUCAUCAGACAGACUCCGGAUCAAAGGGAUAUACAGCAUCGGCAGGGACAGCCACCAGGACUCCUCUGUUUUUUGGAGCUAAAGUAUGCUGAUUUAGCUUCAGAAGAUGGACCUACGUGUAACAAGCGUCCUCCUUGUCCUUUUGGCCUUGGCCGAGGGGCACGGGGAGAGAUAUUUCGUGAAGAAGGUCACCAAGCAGCCUUAUCCUGUUAAGGGCCAUGUGGCGCCAUCAAAAGGUGAGCAAGGUCCUCCAGGUGAACCAGGACACCCUGGACCCCCUGGCCCCCCUGGGGCCCCAGGAAAGAGUGGCUAUGGAGCGCCAGGUCCACAAGGCCCACCAGGACCACCUGGGCCAGCUGGUUACUCUGCAGCUGGAAAGCCAGGUACUCCAGGUGCCCCAGGAAAAUCUGGUCCCAUGGGCAUACCAGGUCCAAAAGGAGAGACGGGCGCAACUGGAGCUCAGGGACCAAGGGGGAUGCCCGGCCCUGCUGGGAGCCCAGGACCUGCUGGCCUUGCGGCUACCGGAAAACCAGGGCCACACGGUUUGCCCGGACAAAUGGGGCCUAGAGGAGAGCCAGGCCUGAAGGGACAUCCCGGUGUGCCCGGUAUUCCAGGGCUCAAGGGGGAGAGGGGACACGGUAUUCCCGGAACACCAGGUGAGAGGGGCGCCAUGGGUCCGAUGGGCCCUGCUGGGCAGCCUGGCAUGCCUGGAAUGGGAAAACCCGGGCCAGCUGGACUCCCUGGGUUGCCUGGGAAGUCAGGUACACCAGGUCGCGACGGGGCUCCUGGACCCAUCGGAAUACCUGGGCUAAAGGGUCCUCCCGGGGCUCCAGGGGUCGGAGCAAUCGGGAAACCAGGUUCUGACGGUGCUCCAGGCAUACCUGGCCCCGGCGGGCCAAAAGGCCCCCCGGGAGCAGCUGGAGUACCAGGAGCUCCUGGUCUGCCAGGUGUUGGAAAACCAGGUGUACCUGGAAUGCCAGGGGAGAGAGGAGCUCCAGGCACCUCAGGCACUACUGGUCAGAAAGGAGAACCAGGGCCAAUGGGUCACACUGGGCAUACCGGUGCUGUUGGGCCUGUGGGCCCGGCUGGCCCUCAGGGUGAGAGAGGGUUUCAGGGAGUGCCAGGAAUACCUGGACCUAAAGGCGAAAUGGGUGCAAUGGGACCACAUGGACCUAGAGGACUUAAAGGUGAUCAGGGAGCACAAGGGUUUCAGGGAAAACCAGGUAGUCCAGGGGCAGUAGGCUCAGCUGGUCCAAUGGGACAUACUGGACCUGUGGGUAGUAAAGGUGAGGUAGGCAGCCCAGGGGCACCUGGAAUCCCAGGUGGACAAGGGCCAGCAGGGGCUAAGGGCAUUCCAGGGCGUCAAGGAGACCAAGGGGAAAGGGGAGAAGUUGGGGCUCCUGGAGCAAGAGGACCAAUGGGGCCUGCUGGUCCUGCAGGUGCACCAGGUCUAAAAGGUCACCCUGGUCUUCCUGGGCCUCCUGGCCUUCCAGGACCGGUGGCUAAAGGACUUUCUGGUCCUCAUGGUCCCCCUGGAAUUCCUGGGGCCAGAGGACACGAUGGUCUUCCAGGGCCAGUUGGGCCCCCUGGCCCACCCGGUCCACCCGGGGAGAUUGUUUACCAGAAAGGGUAUGAGCACCUGAAAACACACGAGAUGGUCAUGCCUGCCGCCCAUAUCAAGACCCACAUGUCCGCCUUCACCGCCGUGCUGACUAGAGCUUACCCAGCGGCAGGAGCGCCCAUCCAAUUUGACCAAAUCGUAUACAAUGCAGAGCAGCACUAUGACCCCUCCACCGGAGUCUUCACAUGCCAAAUCCCGGGACUCUACUAUUUCGCCUUCCACAUGCAUGUCAACGGGGCCAAUGCCUUGGUGGCGCUCUACAAAAACAGCGAACCCGUCGUGUUCACCUAUGAUGAGUACAACAAGGGUUUCCUGGACCAGAUGUCAGGAAGUGCUGUCCUUAUGCUGCAUGAGCAUGACACAGUCUAUAUUCAGGUUCCGGAUGAGGAGGCCAAUGGCAUCUUCGCUGCCGAUAACGUCCACUGCAUCUUCGCCGGCUUCUUGAUCGCCUCGACGUGAUACGAGCAUCUCCACACCACCUCACAACUUUGAAACACACGAACCAAACUCCCUGUUCUGCUAUCCCGCCACAAUAGACAGUAGGUUAUUAUUUUUUUACAGACGUAAGAAAAUAAUAACUCACAAUUCUAGUUGCGCUUGGAAUUACCUUAACUGAAUAUACAAGCAAAGGACAUUAGUAAGAAGAAGAUCGUGUUACGAGUGGUUAAGAGUAGGUUUCCAAAGUAAUGAGAGGAUGGUGACAACUGUUUAUAGUUUGUUACACACUUCCUGAAAAUCACUUUCUCCUUGCUGCAUGUCUCAAAUAUUCAGUUAAGAAAGGUCCAGGAAAUAAUAAUAAAAAAGGUGUUAAACACAUUAAAAAUAUGGUGCUUUCACUGCUUGUAAUGUUUACAGCAGUUAAUUCUCAUUUUUGCGUGUAAAUCUGUCUUUGAAAAAUGGCGUUAUCUGUAACAUAUGCUGUAUACUGGAUAACCAAUAAGGAAAACCAUGCUUGUUUUUUGAACACAUUUUUGUUUCUGCCUUUCUUUAAAAUGAACAUACCAGGAUAAAGAAAUACAUUACUGGAAGAAUACAAAACACAGGAUCAUAAUCGGCCAUUCAAAUCCAGAACUGUGUGUCAACGGCAUUGUUAUAUUCCCCAAGAUGCAUUAUGCUCUGUACAACAUAUUGAUCAAAUAAAGAAAUAUGUCUUA